AUGACUGCAUUCUCUCUCUUCCACCAACCUUCAUUCGGUGAAAAGGUCCAAGGAAUCAAGAAUGCCCUUCACCUCAAGGCGCUACUGGCGUCAAUGUUCUCCUUCUCAGCCCGUUUCGCUGCCGCUCCCGACGCAGAGUCUCCGUCAACUUCGGAAGCCUACAGCGGUCCGAGUCAUGGGCGAUUACACAAAUCGGCCAUGAACUUCGUCAAUGAGGCAGUCGAAGAAUACGAUGACAAACCCCCGCCACUCUGUAUUCUUCAGGCUCUCAUAUUAUGCACGUUUUAUGGGCUCACAAGAGGCGUCCGUGGCCGCGCGUGGCGAAUGCUGGGUAACUGCGUCAGGAUCGCCUACGAGCAGCGCCUCCACCUCGUCGACAGCAUCAUGCAGGCCAGACCUCAGCCGGGGACCUCUGGCGUGGCUCAAUGGUCGGCGAUGGAGGAGAGGCGCCGUAGCUGGUGGGCCAUCUGGCAGAUGGACAUAUUCGCCUCGACGGUACACAGGUUGCCCACCGCGAUUGACCACAGCAUAGGCAUGAACGAGAAUCACCUCCCGGUGCCCGACGUGAUGUGGUUUCAAAACAUGUACCAACCGAGCUGUCCGCUCGAUCCUGCUCCGCUGGAGCGGGCGAAGAAGCUGAGCAAGUCGGGCAACACCAGCGAUGUCGCGUGGUUCAUCGUUCUCAAUUCCAUUAUGCGUAAUGCUCAGGUUUUGGCUCGCGGCAAUCUUCACAGCGUUCUUUCGGAUCUUAGUCCCGCUCCUGGAGCCGAUUCUCGCCCUCUGAAGCAAUAUCUCCAUGGAUCAUUCCGCAAAAGGCAGUCGGCAGAAGAUGCGCAACAACUUCCCGUUCUCAUUGGGGCUCUCAAACAGACUGUCGCCCUACUACCGAGAUCACUCACUUACCAAGGAGCUCAAUUAAACUUCAAGUUCACGGGCUCCUCAUCCACCAGCGAUUGCCCUCAGCUGCCAUCCGAAAGACGCACGAUUUUCUCAGAAACAGACAGUCCUCCUUCAUUCGGAUGGACUUCCUCAUCCAAGGAUGAAAAAGAGAGACUAUCCAAUUCAGAAGGCCUCCGGAACUGUCUCGAGGCAUCAGACGACAUCCACUCCAUCGUCAGCCGCUCUUCAGAAACACACAUCAAAUGGACGAAUCCAUUUUUGGCGAGCACAGUAUGGCUUGCUGCCUCGUUGCAGGUACUCCGCAAGGUAUUUGCACCGUCGACGUGUAACGAGGCGUCAGAAAUGAAAAUCAAGGAGCUCCGUGCAUGCCGGAACAACAAGGGCAAGACGUGCCCACGCCAAUCUCGCCGCGUAACGCUUCAACUGCUACAGGCCACUGGUUUGUUGACGAGCAGCACGAUGUCGCGGAGGGUACUGCUGGUGGAUUAG